AUGCCUAUACAACUUGAUGACAAGCCAACGUCUAAUUUUGAAAGGUUGGAAAAAUCGUCUAUGAGGAAUGGUGUACAUUCUGUUGGUGAACAUCCUGAAGGAAUUUCCCCACUGGAAGCUGUAAAUUUAUAUCGUGACAACCUCUCUCUGCAUGAAAGGAAAGAAAUUUUGCGAUAUGACAAAAUCUUCUAUGUGGGUUGUACUGCUGAGAAGCAUUCAGCCUCGAAUUGUUUUCAAUUUACUAUGCAGAAAUUUGGCAAUCAUGCAUCAACACAACAGUUAAAUGAUAAAUUGGGUAACAUUAAUAAUUUAGAUGAAAAUCAGUCAAUGUUCAAUGAUUCUGAUAACUUUUAUCGAAUUAUACAACAUGAUCAUAUUGCUUAUCGUUAUGAGAUAUUAUCUUUACUGGGGAAAGGCAGUUUUGGUCAAGUUGUCUCAGCUUAUGAUCAUAUGAAAGGAUGUAAAGUUGCCUUGAAAAUAAUUAGAACUGAACCACGUUUUACACGUCAGGCACGUGAAGAAAUUCGUAUUCUAGAGACUUUAAGAAAUAUGCGUGAUUCAUGUGGUGGUGAGACAAAUCGAUACGACUUUCCUAUUAUUCAUUUAUAUGAAUACUUCACAUUUCGUAAACAUAUCUGUAUGACAUUUGAACUGCUUAAUAUUAAUUUAUAUGAUCUAUUGAAAUUGAAUAAAUUUACUGGUCUUCCAAGAGAUCGUGUUCGACGAAUAUGUUUUCAAGUGUUAAAAGCUUUACAAUUUAUACAAAAAGCAGGAAUUAUUCAUUGUGAUUUAAAACCAGAGAAUGUUCUACUUGUUUGGCCACAAUCUCCUGAAAGUGAUAAUCAUCAUCAUAGUAAUAAUGGUCAACAAAUUUCAAACAAUCACCAUGGUUACAGUCAAAAGUAUUAUCCAUAUCAAAGUCAUAACGUUAUUACAAAUACUAUCAAUGGAACUGAUUCAAUGACUAAUUUACGUUCAAUGUAUCAAGGUGGAACAGAACAAAAAGAUUAUGUGAAAUUAAUUGAUUUUGGAUCAAGUUGUUUUCAGAAAGGACAACCCUAUCCAUAUAUUCAAUCAAGAUUUUAUAGAGCACCAGAAAUUCUACUCCGAUUAGGUUAUGAUCAAGCAAUUGAUAUAUGGAGUUUUGGUUGUCUUGUAGCUGAACUAAUCAAUGGCUUACCGUUAUUUCCCGGAGAAGAUGAAGCUGAUCAAAUGGCGUGUAUCAUGGAAGUACUUGGUCUACCUCAUCCCAGCCUAUUACGUAAUUCCUCUCAAAUUGAUCGUUAUUUCAUUGAAUUCAAAUGUGACAAACUUAAACCAUCCACCUUGGAAUUUAUUGACAAAAAGGGUGUCAGAGUGAAUAGGGAUACUGUCUACCUUCCACGUUAUUGUUCAAUACGCUAUCCAGAAAAUGAUAAAAAUAAUUCACCACAAUUACUACCGGGUCUUUCAAAACGCGGUGGACAUGUCCGCGGUAUACCUAACAGUUUGCCAUUAUUACAGGCUAUUACUCAGUCAAGACUACGUCGUUAUAGGCGUAAGGAUACCCGCAGUGUGACUAAUUUAUCAACAGCAAUGAAUAGUAAUACUUAUAAUAAUAGUAGUAAUAAGAUUUCAGAAGAAGAGGAAGCCUAUUUCGAUAAAGAUAAUGAAUUAGUUGUGGAUUUAGUCUCCUCUUGUUUAUCUUGGUUACCAAAUGAACGAAUUCAACCGAACAAAGCAAUUGUUCAUUCAUGGUUCAGUCAUUUCUACAAUAGUAAACCGCAUACUACAGGUUUUCGAACACCAUUCCGAGUAAGAAGUAUGGAAGUAACAAAAUUUGCUCCAUCUAAAUUAACCAACGACUUUAAUGAACGUCAUUUAACUAAUGACUAUCGUAAUGGUCGUGAUUCAUUAAGUAGAGAAGUUAUGCUGAAUAAAUCUGAAGGAUUACGUAAUUGUGGCCAACAGAAACCGGCUCGAUUAAGUUUAACUAACAAUCAAUUGAUAAGUUUAGAUAUUCCAAGUAAUAAUGCUUCAUUGAAUGACUUGACAGUUCUAACAACGUCACUGACAACAACAGCAACAACAACAACAACAAUGACAAUGACUCGAGUUAGAAAUGCUAACAUUCCAUUCAUGGUUGAUGCACAGAUUAGUCCAAUCAGAGAGGAUGAGUUGAAAAGAACCCAACGUAAUUCACAAAUUACUAUUGUUCAACAAAUACCAUCACAGAAUCAAGCUGCACAAUCACAGCUACCACCAUCGUUACCGCCAACAACAAUGCAACAACAACAACCAGCUUACUUUGUGACUGUCUCUAGUUCUCCGAUCAUCUCUUCAGUUGGCCUAUCACAAAAUAAAUCAGGAUUCAAUUCUAUAUCCUCUUGCACGAAUAAAUCGUUAUCGUCUACAGCUAAUCGCCGUGUUACACUGAUUUAUCCAAACAACAACACCAACAAUAACACUGUUACCAGUCUGAGUAUGAAUGAUGAUCAAGGUAUGAUUGACAGUAAAAAUGAGGUUGAGAAUAGUCAAAAUGAUCGACUGCUGGCAGUCAAUUCACAGUUGGAUCAUCUCAACAAUAAACAUCACAGCAUACGUGAUGAUAUUACUAUAAACAAUACAGUUAGUAGUAUUGCUCAGUUGAACAAUGCUAUUAUUGACAACAGUAGCACCAGUAGUAGUAGUAGCAGCAGCAGUGGGAUUGACAAUACCAAUGUAAUUGAGAAUGCAGCAAUUCAACACUCAAUUUUACCGCCAGCACUUAUCACAUCUUAUAAUGAAGUUAUUCGAUUGAAUGACUUUCAAUCAGAUAUUAUACAACAGAAAAUACAUCCACCAGUUUAUACGAAACCUGAAACAAUCUAUCAAAGUAAAAAGUUAUUAGAUCGUAACAGUACUACUUAUAAUAAUAACAGUAACAUGAGAGGUUUCAUCGGUAACAUAAACAAUAUAAGACCAUUAUCAGAAUUUAAUGUGAAUAAUUAUAAUCAUUCUAAUGAAUGGGAUAGUAAAACUCAUGUGAUGAAUGAACAGGAGACUGAAAGUCCAACAUUAUUAAUUACUGGUUAUUAUUCAUCAACAUGUGAGUCAACACCACAUCUGCCUAAUUUAAUCACAUUGAAUCAGCAUAAAAGUUAUUCAGCAAUGUCAAAGAUGGUUCAUUCACCUAAUCGAUAUUCAUAUUCAAAUCUACAUCAAUCAAUACCAUUUAUAUCUUCAUUAACUAUUGAUAAAUCAUUAAAUAAUAGUAUGAAUAAUAUAGUCAAUAUACCAAAAAUGAAAUUAGCCUAUGAUGUACAACAGUCAACAACUUUAGUAAAUAAUAUAAAGAAAAGAUAUUCAGAACCGACACGUUCAAGAGUAAUUGAUAUACCACAAACAGAAUAUGAAAUACCAAUUAGUGAUAAUGAUAAUAAUAAUAGUAAUAAUCAUACUAAUGGUUACAAUAAACAAGAUAUUCAUUUUAUACCAGUGACAUCUACUCCGGCAUCGACAUCAUCAUUAUCCUCAUCGUAUGUGAUGAUAUCGAAUGAAUCUGGCCAACAGUAUAAGUUGAAUACAAACAAUACAGCCUUGUAUAACAAUCAUCAUUAUGAAACACCGUAUAAAUAUCCAUCCAACUGCCAUUACCAACGCCAACAUCAGAAACACUUGAGUGAUUCAUAUCAUACUACUUUUAAUACUAACAGUAGUAAUAAUAAUAAUAAUGAUAAUAAUAAUCAAUUGAGCAGAGCUUACCAGUCGAGUCAACAAAACCAAGCUAUUCAACUACAACAGCAUGAACAAUUCAAUCGUUAUGCACCAAGUUGGUUGUCUUACAUUAAUACUUCUGGUAAUACUACUAAUACUACCACCACUUCUAACAAUAAUAAUAAUACUAAUCGCAACUUAUCGAAUUUCUCAAGAAAUUAUACUGAACUAAACGAUACCACUAAUAACAAGAACAAUUGUAUCAAUGGCUAUGAUCCAGCUACCAAUCAUAUAGAUAAUAUCAGUAGUAUGAAUACUACUAUUACACUUCCAGAGAUUGCACCGAAACCAUCAACUCGUACAAAAUUAGUUAUAUCAAACCAUAAAAAUAGUGGUAAUAAUAAUAAUAGUGAUACUAAUAACACUGUUGAUCAAAAUAAUCCUCUAAGAUGGCAUAAAUCUAAAUCUACUGAAGAAUAUAGUUCAACUAGUCUUUACGGUCCUCAACCAUACAGUCAACCGAAUACUGAUUCAUCGCACAGAGUUAUUGUACAACAUCUACCUCAGCAUAGUAUUAAUAACACAAGUUAUACAAAUAAUAAUAAUGGUUAUAUGGAUCAAAUUCAACCAUAUUAUACACAGUAUCAAGCAUAACAGUUAUUCAAGUGUAAAGAGAUAUACUUCACCUCUUCUGUUUUGUGUUUAAAUCCUCUUUUUCACAAUACAUAUACAUUGAUACAUUGAUCAGUGUUGUAUGCAUGUUGUAAUGGAUGAUUUUUUUGUAGGAAUAUGAAACACAAAUAUGUUGUGUAUUUCUUACAUCCAUUCUUUAAUACAAAUUUCCUUGCGAACAAGCAUAUGAACACGUGCAAAUGUCUAUGUAUAACUAGGUUACAUGUAAACACUGAUACACACGGGAACAGCAUUAGUUGUUUGCCUUAGAAACACUUGUAGGUCAUACAAUUCAUUUAUUUUUAUUUUUGCAGAAGAGGAAAAGAAAACGAGAACUAGGGAAUAGGAGGAACUGACCCUAUUUUACUCCUAACAAAAAUGACUAUUAUUCGGUUUCCUUUCCUCUUAAUGUUUUCCCAUGUUUGCUUGAGUAAGUGUAUGUUUUCUCAUAUGGCAUUCGUAUUGCCAUUCCCCACCUUCACGUGACUUUUUUCAUACACAGUGUAUAAACCAGAAGAGUGGGAAAACGAUUUUCACAUUUAAACUACUCUGUUCUCUGUUCCACAGAUAUAACUACUUAUUAUGCAAUAGAAUAUACCACAGGCUGUAUUCAAAUCAGUAAUGAGCUUUUUUCUCUCACAAAAUUAUUACUACUAAAUUGAAUUAAGUAGUUCGAUUUUUAUCCAUCAAAAGUGAAAACAAUAGUAAUGUCUUUCAUUAAUUUUAUCUAAUUUUUAUUUCCCUUCGUGUGAUUCAGCCUUAUCAAUCUCCUACUGUUACUGUUGAUGUUCUUUUUUUAAGUUUAAAUCAUUAUGUUUUCUUUCGAAAUCUUUUUUUCUUUUCGUUUAUUUGAUCACUUGAACAACAGUAACCGUAACAACCGUAAUUAUGACAUCGACAAAACUAAUGGAUAGGCGUUACAAAUAUAUUUUCUUAAUUAACCUACAAUUAACUUUACAAUUAAGAUGCUGAAGGCUUAUUCACCGAUAUGUUUAAUUUUUCUCUUACUGGUUUUAUUUGUUAACUUAUCAGUUUGUGAUUAUUUUGUUUUUCUUCAUCUUCCUGAUGUGACCUGUCUUCUCUGCAUCGAUUCUUUACUUCUUCCUCACGUAAGUCAGUUGAACUGCUUAUACUACUUGCAUCAAGUGUGAUAUAAGUGAGUAAUAAUAAAAAUCAUUAUAAGUAUGACUACGUUCACGCUUUGAAUAUAAGCUGUAUGCGUGUGUUAUUUCUAAUAACUUCCUGUCUGUUUUGCAUGUUUCUUUUUUUUUGUUUUCUAAAAUUUCUAUUAUUCCUUUAUUGAUUUAUAAAUAAAACUAUUUUACAACAGAUGAAAAAUAAAUCAAUUUUCAAAAAUUGUUUUCUAUUUCU